AUGGAUUCCGACGAGGAAUACAUGUCUCCCAUGUCGAGCGAUGAUGAGAUGAUGCAGGAAUAUAGCGGGGAUGAGAUGUCUGCGGCUGAAGACUUCGAAGACGACUUUGACGAGCCGGAUCCUGAUUUUGGUCUGUCGCCAAAGGAUCUGGGCAAGGCCAAGCAGCCGGCUCACAUCAUUCCCUUCAAGGUCUACGAGCCGUCCGAUAUUCAACGCCAGCAGGAUGAUAUGAUCAACGAGGUGAACAUGAUUUUGGACAUGCAAAAGGAGGAUGCCGCCAUCAUGCUGCGGCACUUUCGAUGGAACAAGGAAAGAUUGCUCGAAGACUACAUGGAUCACCCUGAACAAGUUCUUGAGGCUGCGGGUUUGAGCCGCCAAAGUUUUUCUUUGCCCAAGCUAGAGACUAUUCCUGGCUUCUUUUGCGAUAUUUGCUGCGAGGAUGAGGAAGGCUUGCAAACCUUUGCCCUGCACUGUGGUCACAGAUACUGUGUCGACUGUUACCGUCAAUACUUGACUCAGAAAAUCAAGGGCGAAGGCGAGGCCGCGAAGAUCCAAUGUCCUUCGGACGACGGUUGUGGUCUUGUGCUUGAUUCUCGCUCGCUGGAUUUGCUCGUCACUCCCGAGCUGACGGGUCGGUAUCGCGAACUGCUCAACAGGACCUAUGUUGAGGAUAAAGACUUUUUCAAGUGGUGCCCAGCGCCAGACUGUCCCAAUGUCAUAGAGAGCAGCAUCAAGAAGAAGGAUCUGGACAGGAUUGUUCCGUCGGUAGAGUGCCUGUGUGGCUGCAGAUUUUGCUUUGGCUGUCCGAACUCUGACCACCAGCCCGCUCCCUGCGACCUGGUCAAGAAAUGGCUCAAGAAGUGUGAAGAUGACUCGGAGACGGCCAAUUGGAUCUCGGCCAAUACAAAGGAAUGCCCCAAAUGCAGCUCAACCAUAGAGAAGAAUGGGGGCUGUAACCACAUGACCUGCCGCAAGUGCAAGCAUGAAUUCUGCUGGAUGUGCAUGGGAUUGUGGUCGGAACACGGCACCAGCUGGUACAAUUGCAACCGGUACGAAGAAAAGAGCGGCUCCGAAGCUAGGGAUGCCCAAGCCAAGUCUCGUACGUCUUUGGAGCGAUAUCUGCAUUAUUACAACCGAUAUGCCAACCACGAGCAGUCUGCCAGGCUGGAGAAGGACACUGCUUGCAAGACGGAGAAGAAGAUGAUACAGCUACAAACCACGUCGGGAAUGUCGUGGAUAGAAGUGCAAUACCUCCACUCCGCAGCUCAGGCCUUGCAGACGUGCCGCCAGACGCUCAAGUGGACAUACGCCUUUGCCUUUUACCUGGCGAGAAACAAUCUGACGGAAAUAUUUGAGGACAAUCAGAAGGAUUUGGAAAUGGCGGUUGAGAAUUUAUCCGAGAUGUUUGAGAUGCCUAUUCAAGAGUUGUCGGAUCCCAAGCUCAAAGUCGACAUCAUGGACAAGACGUCGUAUUGCAACAAGCGUCGCGUGAUUUUACUCGAGGACACUGCCGAGAACCUCGCCAAGGCGAGAUGGACAUUCAACCCAGACUUGACGAACGCUUCACCAGCAGCCGCGCGACGCUGA